AAGAUAACACUUUGUAUUAUUAAUUGAUAAAAGUUCUGGCCUUAUUUCGAUAAAGUUUGAUUAUAUCUUGUAAAAUUAUACAAUUUUAUGUUAGUACUAACAAUAAUAACGACAUAUCUUCUGUAAUUAUAAUUUAAAUAUUCUUAUUAAACAUGACAAAAAAUAAUAAAUGCAAAAACGGAAGGUCUAUUAUUGCAAAAAGCACACAUUGUACCAGUUUUGGUGUGGGUAAACAAUUACCAUUACAAGAUUUUAAACUACCUUCAGAAUUACAUGAGGUUUUGAGAAAUCAUUUAGUAGAAUAUUCUACAAACAGUCGAUUGUGUAGAAAUUAUAUGAAGCUUAUUAAUAACUUUUCAAAUAUAGACAAAAUAGAACCUGAAUAUUAUUUGAUAUUAUUUAAAAUUUUAUUGUACAUGGAGAACUAUGAGCUUCAAUUAAUUGCUGAGAAACAUAAUUUAAGAAAUCAAAAGAUUGUUCAAUGUUCUGGCACAUUUGCAUUCACAGUACCUACUUUGAAUGAGGAUGAUCCAUUUAUUAGUUUUGGUGAUACAGUGAAAUUAUAUAUACCUGUCUUAGAACGUACAUAUCAUAGUAAAAUUACAAAUAUUGAGCAGAAAAAAGUAUAUGUAUCUUUAUUAACUCCAAGUACAAAAAUUAUAUCUUUAUUGUCAGAUCAUGAAGUCGAUAUUAAAUUCUGUCCAGCAAGUUGGCCAUUAAAAUGUUCCCACUAUGUAUUACACAUUAUAUGUAAACAUAACUUGAUCAGUCUAUUAUAUCCUAAAAUAAAUACAAAUGUUUGUACUUUACAGAAGAAUAAUAUAGAUUGGGUGAAUCAAAGUAUAGCAGAAAAUCCAGAACAGAAAAUUGCAGUAAUCAAUAUCUUGAAUCAAACAGCAUAUCCUGCACCAUAUAUAUUAUUUGGUCCCCCUGGUACUGGAAAAACAACAACAUUAGUUGAAGCUAUUUGUCAAAUUAGAAAACAUCAUAAGUUCAAAAAUAUUUUGAUAUGUGCAUCUUCCAAUGCAGCUGCAGAUGAAAUUACAAAAAGAUUAUUAGCUAUACUUCCUUGUAAAGAUAUAUUUCGGAUGUAUGCAACAUCUAAACAUUGGUCAAGUGUAGACAAACAAAUUAAUCAUUCCUCAAAUUUUGUUAAUAACACAGUUCUUUAUUUACCAAAAGAAAUUUUGAUUUUAAAAAAGAUUGUUAUUACAACGUUAGUGACAUGUGUGAGAUUGAUGGCACUCAACUUAAAGAAAGACCAUUUUUCAUAUAUAUUUAUUGAUGAAGCUAGUCAAUGUGUAGAAUUAGAAUCAUUGAUUCCAUUUGCACUUGCAAGUUCACAAAAUAAAAGAGCUGAAGGAAUGUUACAUGCUCAAAUUAUUAUUGCUGGUGAUCCUUAUCAACUUGGACCUGUAAUUCAUUGUAAAAAAAUUGAACACUUGCUUGGAAAAUCACUAAUAGAAAGAUUAAUGGAAUGUGAACCAUACCAAAAAGUAAAUAACGAAUACAAUUCAUGUUAUAUAACAAAAUUAAUUCGAAAUCAUCGUAAUCAAGAAGCUAUUAUACAUGUACCAAAUAAAUUAUUUUAUGAUAAUGAAUUGUUAUGUUGUACCAAGUCGAACGCAAACACGCUAACUCUAAAUUGGACAGAAUUGUCAAAUAAACAAUUUCCCAUUAUAUUUUUUGCAGUUAAAGGCAAAGAAACAAGGGUGCAAAGUGGAAGUGUUUACAACAAACGAGAAAUCGAUGUUAUAACAUAUUAUACAAAAAAAUUGAUACAAGCCAAACUGGGUACACGCAAAAUUAAAAAAACAGAUAUUGGCAUCAUAACGCCAUUUAAACAACAAAAAAUUAUGAUCGACAAAAAUUUUAAGGGAACUAGAUUACAUGGCAUAGAUGUUGGAACAGUAGAAACAUUUCAAGGGCAAGAGAGGGAAAUUAUACUAUUAACUACAGUAAGAUCAAAAGUCUUUACACAUGAUGGUAAAGAACAUAUUGGCUUCUUAUCUAAUCCAAAGAGAUUUAAUGUUGCGCUGACAAGAGCAAAGAAUUUGUUAAUAAUAGUAGGAGAUCCAUCUGUUCUUUGCAAAAAUAAAAAUUGGAAUAUUUUAUGGGAGUAUUGUGUAAAGAAUAAUGCUUGUAGCACUAUUGACACAUUAGACCUAAAAUAGAAAAUAUCUCCUAUUUAAGAAACUAAGUAUUGAAACUAAACAACUCCUUGCCAAUGAUUAUUUAAAAUAAAGACUAUAAAA